AGCUCGGUGGCGGCGGCUGCGGGCAGGCGGGCGAGCUGAGGGCGGCGGUACCGGCAGCAGGUGGGCGGGGUGCGGGCCGACGGCGGCGGGCAGGGGGCGGCCAGGCUGCCCUCGGGCCGGGCGCGGCCGGCCGUGCGGCGCGCCAUGGACUUCAACAUGAAGAAGCUGGCAUCGGACGCGGGCAUCUUCUUCACCCGGGCGGUGCAGUUCACAGAAGAGAAAUUCGGCCAGGCAGAGAAGACUGAGCUGGAUGCCCACUUUGAAAACCUUCUGGCCCGGGCAGACAGCACCAAGAACUGGACCGAGAAAAUCCUGCGGCAGACAGAGGUGCUGCUGCAGCCGAACCCUAGUGCCCGAGUGGAGGAGUUCCUGUAUGAGAAGCUGGACAGGAAGGUGCCCUCGCGGGUCACCAAUGGGGAGCUGCUGGCACAGUACAUGGCAGAGGCGGCUAGUGAGCUGGGGCCCACCACGCCCUAUGGGAAGACGCUGAUCAAGGUGGCAGAAGCUGAAAAGCGCCUGGGAGCCGCGGAGAGGGAUUUCAUCCACACAGCCUCCAUCAACUUCCUCACGCCUCUGCGCAACUUCCUGGAAGGGGACUGGAAGACAAUUUCGAAGGAGAGACGUCUUCUCCAAAACCGCCGUCUGGACCUGGAUGCCUGCAAAGCGCGGCUGAAGAAGGCCAAGGCUGCAGAAGCCAAAGCCACGACGGUGCCUGACUUUCAGGAGACUAGACCUCGUAAUUACAUUCUCUCGGCCAGCGCCUCCGCGACUCUGGAUGACACUUCCUGCCCCCUUUCCUGGGCCGAGUGGAAGGAGGAAUAUCCCGGAGGGUGGAGACCGCCCUGUUUUUUUCUUUUGCCAUUGAACCCCAGUGUGACUCGGGCACGAGGCUGCCUUUCUCUGCAGAAGGACAGAAAGCUCUGGAAUGAUGAGGUGGACAAGGCCGAGCAGGAGCUCCGAGUGGCCCAGACCGAGUUUGACCGGCAGGCAGAAGUGACCCGGCUCCUGCUGGAGGGAAUCAGCAGCACUCACGUGAACCACCUUCGCUGCCUCCAUGAGUUCGUGGAGUCCCAGACGACUUACUACGCGCAGUGCUACCGCCACAUGCUGGACUUACAGAAGCAGCUGGGCAGCUCCCAGGGAGCCAUAUUCCCAGGCACCUUCGUGGGCACCACGGAGCCCGCCUCCCCGCCCCUCAGCAGCAGCUCACCUACCACCGCCGCGGCCACUAUGCCCGUGGGGCCCUCUGUGGCUGGCCUGGCCCCUCCAGGGGAGGCUGCUCUCCGCCUGGAGGAGGUGAGCCCACCUGCCAGCGGGACCCGGAAGGCCCGGGUGCUCUACGACUACGAGGCGGCUGACAGCAGCGAGUUGGCCCUGCUGGCUGAUGAGCUCAUCACCGUCUACAGCCUGCCCGGCAUGGACCCUGACUGGCUCAUCGGCGAGAGAGGCAACAAGAAGGGCAAGGUCCCGGUCACCUACUUGGAACUGCUCAGCUAAGCAGGCCCCUCCAGGCCCCCCCCCCCCCCCGCCCCCGGUUCUGGCCCGGGCGGGAGAGGACGUGUGCAGCCCCACCACCUGUCUGUCGGUGACUCAGCUGCUCGGGGUGGGGAGACCAGCCCCAUUCCGUCCACGUCCCCGGUCGUCCAGCUGUGACGGGGCCCCAGAGGCUGAAUGGUCCCAGCCCCUCCCCCAGCCCUGCUUCUGGAGCCCCCGGCGCUGUCUGCACCCACUGAGCUCCCCAGCUCUGCGGUCCUCCCCGCUCCUGCUGAGGAGGGGCGGCUGGCUGCAGUGCCGCCCCAGGCACCUCGGCUCCCCGCGGGGGUCGGAGCGCUAGGCCUGCGGCAGCCUGGGGCACACCCUUGGCAAGAGAGCACCUGCCUUUUGGUUGCCAAAAGCAGCAGUGGGGGGAAGGUGGGCAGGUCUGCGGUGGGCCUGGGGACGGGCGCCGGCCCCUCUGGGUGGACUGGAGCGAGGGGCGCCUGGCCGGAGUGGCAUCUCCUGGGUGCUCCCCUCCCCAACCCCCUCAAGACCGCUCAAGCCAAGUUCGGUGGCUGCAGCCUGCACCUCUCCACACUCACUUUUUAACCGAUCUUUUUACUCUGCCUGUCUGCUUGCUGUAUAGCCAGUGACAAAUAAUAAAUCAUCCUUCACGUG